UCGGUCGGAAUUUCUGACGGAACUCUUUAUAUCAGCUUGGAAUAAAUGCAUCGUAAAUUUGCAGAGGAAAAAUGUGUAGUUUAAUUCAGGAAGACAAAAAUCUGGCGACCUUCCUUUUGCCGGUGUGAUAUGCCUAUUGUGCUGCACUUGCUUGCUAUAGUGAGUUUCGUAGGAUAGCUAGAUUGGCGUUCUUCUACGGAUUUUUUUUUUUACCAGACAAUUAUAUGUGCAACACAUGGAAUUUAUGCACAUCGUUUAGUUACAAAAUGUAUUUCAACAGGAAAAGUUUGACAAUUUUUCCAUAAACUUGCCAUUGCACAGCUUGUAGGCUAUUCUAAUAAUAGUUUAUUCCAUCGAUAGAGUCAACUAAAAGAGUUUAGCUAAGGCUAGUAAAAAUAAAUAGUGCAGAUAUGUCAUAUUUUCGACGGAUAUGCUGGUACACAACAUUGGGCAGCAGUUUAUCGACUACAAAAUGAGGAUGAUUUGUCACAAUAGUCUUCCUUCAACAGUUUAUAAGACAGUCGUUAUUGCCUAACCAGAGAGAAUUUAUCGCGGCAAUCCAGUGCGCACGGUCUCCCCGGCUGUUAUCCGGCAGAACACGCAGGAUCCACAAAUCUGUGAAGACAUUCCAGGCCUGAUCCCCUUUAUCCAAAUCUGAAGACGAUACAGGAAAUCAAGCAGAACUUUCAGGGAAUAGAAGAGUUCUUUAUAAAAACUUGGAACAACAGUGAGAACUGCUGGUUGUAUUCUCCAUUGUUUUUAUUCACAUGUAUUGAAACAAGUAGAGCCAUCAGUGAUUUCAGCAGCCCCCCUGCCUCCCCUAUCCAUGCCUACAUGCUCAGCAACAGAUAAGAACUGUUUUGAUAAUUGUAUGUAAUUAUAAUUUGUGUGGGAGACGUAGCUGUCUCUGUCUAUUAUCACCUGUAACCUCAGACACAAUAACUCCACACAUUUACAUAUUUCUCUCCAAAAAUGCUUUUCUUUCAGUUUUAGGACCAAAUCAGGAAUAAUCAGAGUUAUUGAAGGAAUGGCACAUGUGAACUACAAUGUGCUACUCAGUCCUCAACCAUCAUAAUGAGACACAACUGAAUUCAAUCUGUAGAGUUACAUCUAAACCUCAAGCUCUUUUCCUUGUAUAUUCUAUACUAGACCAUACAUACUAAGUUUGUACAUCUAAAAACAGAGGUACCCAUCCAGCCACUAGCUAAAAUGAAAACUGCUUUUCCAGCUGUCUAUUUGAUAUAAUACGAUUUGUCGUACCGUUUUAUACUUUCUCCUCAUUUGUGGUAUUCACUGUCCUCUGUCCUUAAUGUAGGGCGCUGGCUCUGUAGCCUUCAGCACAAUCAGAGGAACAGUAAGUGCCUAUGCAUUUUAGAUAAGACCAUAAAACAUUUAAGUAAAUAAGUGGCCAAUGCAUUAUGUAGUUAGUGACCUGUGAUGUUUAUAUGCCUGGAAGCCCAAUGUCCUGCUUUACAGUCACACAGUAUGUUUACACUCCGCCACAGCCAUUCAGUGCCCUGACCCGUCAAGAACCACAACCUCUCCAACUGCCAUUCAAAUGGUCUGCAACAUCUAAAAGCACAGGAACACAAAUGAUUUAGAUUUAUUUAGCAUGAGAUUUAUUUAGUACACAUCUUUUAUUUAGCAUAAUAUUGAAACAUUUAGACAUUUAUAUGUAGAGAUUUUUCUACUUUUUCAGAGAAUAUUAGUUUACAGGUUGAGUCUAAGUGCAAACUGGGAAUGUAUCCAGCGCCAAAACGACAUGAUUGAGUCAUUAACUGUUUACAUUUUAGGAACAAUGUUUACAGAGGACUGUUGCCCUUAAAACACAGGCCUAUGUGUCAUUUUGUGACAUAUUAUUUUACAAGUGCCAUAACCGAAAGGAAAUGUAUAAAAUUGCCAUAACUCAUUGAGGAAGCUUACUUCUUGUCUUCAGCUAAACAAAGCACAACGUGUUCAGGAAUACGUCAUGGUGAAGGUAAACACCUUCUGUUUGACCUUUCAUCCAAGGAGAUUGCAUCUAUUUUUGUAUUUUUGCAUGUGAAUGUUAUAACCUCAAACUAACUUCACAUGAUUCAUAGCAUGGUUUUGUAUGGUAGAUAGAUUCUAGAACUAGGAGAAGAAAUAGACGAUCUGGGUUUGAUCAAUUUACCCUCGUUUACUCUGUGAGGCUUAUACAGGUCUGAUUUUACUGUAAUGGGAUGCAGAAUAUUAUCGCAGAAGAUGUUGAAGAUAUGGGUAACAGAAUAAUAAGUAAAUACCUAUGUCACCAAUGGUUGACACUUACAACUGGUUGACACUCAUGACUUCCAUCUCUUAAAGCAUAUCUAGAAUUCAUUCACAAAGUUCAUCAGACAUAUUCAUUAUUAAAUUAAGAUAUUUUGAAAAUAUGAGUACCAAACAACUCAUACCUGCUACCUAAAUGUUUCAAAUAGUGUUUUAGUGGUUUAAUUCUGAAAAAAGGACAGCCUUUUAACAGUGUUGAGUCGACAACAGAAAAUAGAGCUCUUAGUCAUGUAAAGAUGACGCCCACCACCAAUCUCCAAGUCUUCGCCGUCUCCCUCCUCUCUCUCCUUGCUGCCCCACUUACCACAGCUGAGGACAGCUCCCCCUCUCCCACUCCCUCUCCCCUACGUACCGACCCCCGGCCUCGCCAGGGGGGGCUCCACCGAACCCCCUCAGUCCGCCCCCAGCCCCCCUCUCCUCCUCCUGACCAUCCAUGCCAACCGCCCCUCUGCCCUCCGGGGCAGGCCCAAAGCUCCAGAGAAACUUCCAGAAGCCCCUGGGGUUCUGGAGACCCCUCCCCCGACCCCUGGCCCAGAUCAUGUUCCCCAAGAACGUGACGUCUGCGGCAGCGGGAGCCCUGGCUCCUCCGUUGCGCGCGGCCCAGGUAGCUCCUCCUCCCCACAGACUGGUGGACGUGGACGUGUGCCAUGGUUACUAUGACGUCAUGGGCCAGUUGGACAACACCUUCAACUGCUCCAAGGACAGCUUCAUCUACUGCUGUGGCAGCUGCCACUACCGCUUCUGCUGCCCCGACCCCACCCGGCGUUUGGAGCAGAGCAGCUGUACCAACUACGACUCCCCGGAUUGGGCCAAGACCCCGCCACCAAACGCCAUACUCCUGGAUGAUGAUGAGCCGGAACUGGACCCUCUGCAGCCUCUGAGCCACAACACAGGCUUUGUGAUUGGAGGUGUCAUCGUGUUUAUGGUAGCGGUUGCCGUGGGGAUUAAGAUAAUGUUCAACAAGGUGUCGCAGCAGGCCAACAACGGAGAGAUCAACAUGCCCAGAGCGCUGGUGGACAUGUUGCGUCACCAGUCCAGUCCAGUGCAGCAGGAUGAGAGGAACAACAGCGUGGCCCUGUGUGGUUCAGGGGACGGACAGGGUACGCUGGGCAGACCUCCCAAAAACCUCUAUGCUCCUGGCCUGCCCAGCAAGGACAACAGACUGGGGAAUAUUCAACACAAUUUUAUCCAUUCAGGAACCAGUCCCAAUCACACUGCUACCAUCGAACAUGCCCGUAUGAACAACACCCAGCUGGCGGCAGGAGGCACUCUUCUGUCCAGCAAACACAACAAUACUAAAGAGCAGCCCUCCUUCCACCACUCCCUCCACAACCUGGCACAGCUCCCCCCAUCCUACGAGAACGCCACCAAGCCAGAGCUCAACAGAUACUCCUCGCUCAAACGCCUGGAAAAGAGUGGUCUUGAUGAAUAUUCAUCGGGCUACUGCACCACCAAGAGGCGUCCCCACACAGCCCAGCCCGCUCUCCAGUCCUCCAGUCACCACAUCCCCUGUGGCGGAGACUACAACACCAUGGGUGGGAGGGGCACCCUCCCCCGCCACGCCCCCCGCCCCUGGAUUCAACCCACCGGCCUACCCCCCGUCUCCCCCACGGUCAACCCCUACCCCUUGGACCCAAUCGAGCAGCACUACAAUCCCAACUACGACACCCUGUCCAAGCCUGCCAGGAAGGUCAUGUCGCAGGACCAGCUGCUCAACAUGGGGGACGUCCCCGGGAACACUGGGACCCUCUCCAGGAUGUCCAAGAACCAGCAGCACCAGUACUACAAAGCCAUGGCUGCUGCUACUAAGAACUCCAACACCCAGACCCUGACAAGGAAGCCCCAGGAUCGACCCCAGGAGCGGCCUCAGUCCAACACCCAGACCCUGACAAGGAAGCCCCAGGAUCGACCCCAGGAGCGGCCUCAGUCCAACAACCAGACCCUGACAAGGAAGCCCCAGGAUCGACCCCAGGAGCGGCCUCAAUCCAACACCCAGACCCUGACACGGAAGCCCAAGGAUCGACCCCAGGAGCGGCCUCAGUCCAACAACCAGACCCUGACGAGGAAGCCCAAGGAUUGGGCACAGGAGCGUCCCCAGGAUCGCCUACUCAUGUCCCCAGAUCACCUGGAGGAGAGCAUGGGUAGAGGGGUCGGAGGGAUGGGAGUGGGUGUGCAGGAUCCAUAUGCCCAUGGAGGCGGGGGAGGCAUGGUCCCCACUCUCCCCCGGGGUGGUAUCACCCCUCAGCAGAAAGCCCAGUCCCAGCAGAAUGUAUGUGCCACUCCCUCCCUGGACCGCCACCACAUGAUCAAGAUGAACUCUCACCCCACCUCGGGGAGGGAGCAGGAGAGAAGCCAGGGCAUGACGGGGCAUAUGAGUGGAGGCAUGGGGGGAGGCAUGGGGGGCUGGGGUGGUAGCGAGAUGCCCGGGACGGGGGUUGUCAUGGGAACAGGAACGCUAGGGGGCCACAGCGCCAAGAGGAUGGCUUUCGCUGCCAAGAGGCAGAACACUAUUGAGCAGUUACACUUUAUACCAGGAGGGGGCGACACAGGAGCGGGAGGAGGAAGUAGAGGAGGAGGAAGUGGAGGAGGAGGAGGGGGAGGCAGUCAGGGCAUCAGGACAGGCAGUAAGAAUGAGGUGACAGUGUGA